AUGUUAGCCGCCGACGAGUUCACCAAUCACCAUGGCCGGCCGGAGCCGAGUAUCCCGAGAGUGUUAACCAUACUCUCUUUCGUGCUGGAGAAGUUGGUUGCUCGAAAUAACACGCUUGCAGAUGGCCUGAGCCAGCAACUUGAUGGACAGAGUUGUGGCUCGGCUGGGAUUGGGAAGAGCUUGAAUGUGUUUCAUGGCGUGAGGGCACCAAGCAUAAGCAUACCCAAGUACUUGGAGAGGCUCUACAAGUACACGGAUUGUAGCCCUUCAUGUUUUGUGGUUGGGUAUGUGUACAUUGAUAGGCUGCUUCAUAAGCACCCCGACUCUCUUGUGCUGUCCUUGAAUGUCCAUAGAUUGCUGGUCACAAGCGUUAUGAUUGCUUCUAAGAUGCUAGAUGAUGUGCAUUAUAACAAUGCAUUUUAUGCCCGGGUUGGCGGAGUAAGCAACGCUGAAUUGAACAGACUAGAAGUGGAGUUGCUUUUCCUGCUGGAUUUUGGUGUCAUGGUGAGCUCUAGAGUUUUUGAGAGUUAUUGCUUCCAUUUAGAAAAAGAAAUGAUGCUCAAUGGGGCAUGCCAAAGGAUUGAAAGGCCAUUGUUAGUCCUCAGUGAUGUGGCCGAAAUACGGGAAAAUUCUCAGAAUUCCUUGCCACCUCAGAUAUCAGAAAACACACAGAGUUCCUCACCACCUAAGAUUGUGGACUGA